AUGUUAAAAGAUAGUGGAGUGUUAGCCAUUUGUAUUGAUGAGAGGGAAUUAUUCAAUCUUGGGAAAAUGUUGGAUGAAAUUUUUGGUGAGGAAAAUAGAAUUGCGAUUAUUAAUUGGCAGAAAACUUAUUCUCCUAAAAGCCAAAGUAAACAUGUUUCUACCGCUACUGAAUAUGUGCUAGUUUACGCUCGUAAUUUAGAACAGGCAACCACUAGUAAAUUAAAGCAUCAACACCAAGCCCUAAAGGGGUAUAGAAAUCCGGAUGCUGAUCCAAAAGGAGAGUGGAGGGAUAUGCCUUUGCAUGCUCCAAGCGGAAGAUCCAGAAAAAAUAUUUAUGCUCUCCAAAAUCCGUUCACUGGCGGCCUUUUUUAUCCUCCACGUGCACGUGGAUGGGGGAUAAAAAAGGCCGAAAUUAAGUCUCUUUUAGAAGAAUGGGGAAGUAAAUAUGAAGAAAGAGAUUUAAAUGAUGGAUUCUCUAAGGCUCUGGUGUUAAAAGGUGGAUACCAAGACAAAAAAGGCAAGGGAACUCCACGAAGAAAAAGAUAUUUAAAAGAAAUUCCGGGACAAACUUCCACCACCUUUUGGCGGGAAAACUUUAAUUGGGGCUAUGAAAUUUCUGGACACAGUCAGGCAGUGAAAGAGGAAAGAUUUAUCGGCGUUAAGCCUCUUAAACUCUUUACUAAAAUUAUUCAACUAUGGUGUCCUCCCAACGGUCUAGUUUUAGACCCUUUUGCUGGCUCUGGAACCACAGGACAUGCAGUUUUACAAUUAAAUAAAGAAAAUAAUACUAAUCGUUCUUUUAUCCUAAUAGAGCAAGGCAACCCUAAAAACGGAGACACCUUUGCUAAAACUUUACUCUAUCCUCGCUUAAAAGCAACUAUUACCGAAAUGGAACGGGAAGAGUUAAUUGAGGCUAUUUUAUCUACUCAAUUAGAUACAAUUCCUUUAUCUGCGGCCGAUCAAUUAACCGAAAAAUAUCUUGAUUACCGAAAAAAUUCGCUUAAAAUCAAAGGCCAAACUAUACCUUUUCUGAAAUUAUUAUCGAGCGUUACCGGCAGUGGAAAAACCGCCAUUCUUGCCCAAACUGUCAGCAAUCUUUUAACUUAUUAUCCCGAAAUUCAGCCCCUUAUUUUUUGGUUAAGUUGUAAUAAGGUAGUAGUUCAGCAAACUUACCAUAAUUUAAAAGAGAAAUAUAAAAGUCUAGUUCCUUUGGCUCAAGUAAAAUCUUUUUUAGGUAUUUCUCCGAGCGAUAUUACCCAGCUAGACACACCGCUAAUUUACGUUGACACUAUUCAAAAAUUUAGCGUCCAAAAUAAAGAAACUCAUUUAAUUGUUAUUUAUGACGAGGCCCAUAAUUUGACUGAUAGCCAAGUUGAAAAAAUUUUAGAAUUACGGCCCCAAGCCCUAAUUUUAGCCUCAGGAACCCCUUCUUUGCCCUCUAAGUUAACCGACUACCAAAGUGAAUUAAAAGACAAUGGUUUUAAACCUCUUUAUGUAGUUCCUUUUACAGAAGUAAAAGAGAAAAAAAUGGUAAAAGGAAAAGUAGUGUUAGGAGGCUAUAAAUCGCAAAUGGAGGAGGUUUUGAAUGAAAUGUUGGAUAAAGACUGGAUGGAAUUAAAAAAGGCCGCGGAAAAAGAAGGUUUGCCUACUCCUAAAAUUAUCUAUGUUUGUAAGACUAAUUUGUUGGAAUUAUCAUCUACCAAAACUAAAGGAAGCAAAAGAGAUAAUCCCCAAGUUCCUUUUGAAUUAAGGAACGCUCCUCCUAUUUUAAUUUGGCGACAUCUAGUUAAACGAAAAGGAGUUGACCCCUCUACUAUUGCUAUUUAUGCUGAUGUAGCAGUGGCAAAAGAGGAAAAAUAUGCUCUCGAUAUUGAAUUUACUCUCAAUUUAUUUAAUAAGGGGAAAUCUAGCCCUUCUGAAAACACUUAUGAGAAAUUUAUCCAAGGGAAUUAUCAACAUAUUAUUUUCAAUAAAUCACUGGCGGAAGAUAAAACUAUUGGAAGUGAAGUCGCAGUAGAACAGAUAAUUGGUCGCGUUUUACGGCAACCUUUUUGCCGGUAUUAUGCUAGCGAAGAACUAAACAAGGCUUAUUUUCAUAUUCGAGUAGAUGAAAACAAGGUAUUUGAGAAAAUUAUUAAUGAACUGAAUGAGAAGUUAAAAUUAGGGGGAGAUAUUGAAAUUAAACCUCCCAAAGGAGGGAUUAGUUAUUUAAAAGAUCUUCCUCCUAAACCGGAUAAGAUAGGCAAAAAG